AUGAUUGCAGAUAAGAGGCAUGCAUACACUUAUUCGGGAGAAGGACAUAUCAAAGCAUGAUUUUGUAUUCUAUUCAGAUCGACUCAUUCGUCUGGUCGUGGAGCAUGGUCUUGGUCAUUUGCCAUUCACUGAGAAACAAGUAUUUACUCCAACAGGAGCUGUAUAUACCGGUGUUGAUUUCUGCAAGAAACUUUGUGGGGUCUCAAUUAUUCGAAGUGGUGAAAGCAUGGAAAAUGCAUUACGGGCUUGUUGCAAAGGAAUUAAAAUAGGGAAAAUUCUCAUCCACCGUGAUGGCGACAAUGGAAAACAGCUUAUCUAUGAGAAGCUUCCUCACGACAUCUCUGAACGCCAUGUCCUGCUUCUAGACCCUGUCUUAGCCACAGGUAACUCUGCAAAUCAAGCCAUUGAAUUACUCAUACAGAAAGGAGUACCUGAAUCUCACAUUAUAUUCCUCAACCUUAUCUCGGCGCCGGAGGGAAUCCACUGUGUCUGCAAACGUUUUCCAGCAUUGAAGAUAGUUACCUCUGAAAUAGACCAGGGUCUGAACCAAGAGUUCCGAGUUAUACCGGGCUUAGGCGAGUUUGGCGAUCUUUACUUCGGCACCGACGAGGAAGAUCAGUAGUCACCACUCAACACUGACCGCUUCGAGCAAAAAAACAGACGCAUUGGUUGCUGGUCCUAUUUUAGCUUAAAUUUAUGACUAGAGAGACACUAGAGGAACUUGUAUGUCUCGUCUCAAAAGAACCUACACAAGCUUGUGUUAUUAGUUAUUUUUGAAAGAGAGAUUAAGGGGGGUGUAUUGAAACAAUGAUUUUGGAGAAUUCUAUGGGAUUUAGGAAA